GCCCUCCCCAAGGGUUCGCAGCGGAGGGGGCGGGGGCGAACGUGGGGCCGUGUGGCUCAGCCACCCACUGGUGAUCCGUAGAAAAGUUGCCCUCGGACCUUCCCCAGCCUCCUGCUUCCUUCCCCCGGCCCUGCUGGUGAGUUGGAGUCGGGCGGGGAGGAGCCGGGCAGAGACCUGCGAAGUCUCCGGUGAGGAGCCGGCUUCCCUUCCCCGUGGGAUUCGGCACCCGGGGAGGCGCCGGGCCCACGUCCUCAGGACCGGGAACAAACUUUCUGGAUCGUCCCGGGACACUUGUCGGGCCAGCCCAGCACCGCGCGGGGAGGAGGAGCCAGGCCGGGGGGACAGAUUUUGAAAGUCUCCUGGAGUUUCCAGCAGUGCCAAGUGUUGGAGAAAUUUUUUUCUGUCCCUCUGAUAGUGAAGUGAUCAAAAACAACCCCGCAGGAGGCGAGUGAAGAGUGGUCACAGGCUUAGGUUGCCCUGGGGAUAUGCCUGUGAUGUAAUCGUCUAACAUGGGAAAGAGAGAGAAAGAGUGGAAAUACUCAGCCCUUUGGUCUCUGGUUUUGGAAGGUGACAAUGAAAUGUGAAGAAGUUACAUUUCUAAUGUGAUACUUGAAAGUUAGUGACUGCUUGCGAAAUUUUGAUGAAAAUUAAAUAUGACUUAGAAGCAUUGCUUUAUGAAAGUUUAUGAUGUCAUCGGUUGCGACUGAACACAAACUCCAGCAGGCUGUGAGCCUGCAGGGAGUUGACCCAGAAACAUGCAUGAUUGUAUUUAAAAACCACUGGGCGCAGGUUGUGAAGAUCUUAGAGAAGCACGACCCCUUGAAGAACACCCAGGCAAAAUACGGGUCCAUCCCUCCCGACGAGGCCAGUGCAGUGCAGAAUUAUGUAGAACACAUGCUCUUCUUGCUGAUUGAAGAACAAGCCAAGGAUGCUGCCAUGGGGCCGAUUCUGGAAUUUGUGGUCUCUGAGAACAUAAUGGAGAAACUCUUCCUUUGGAGCCUGAGGCGGGAGUUUACUGAUGACACCAAAGUCGAGCAGCUAAAGAUGUACGAGAUGCUGGUCACCCAGUCGCACCAGCCUCUGCUGCACCACAAGCCCAUCCUGAAGCCCCUGAUGAUGCUGCUGAGCUCUUGUUCGGGAACAGCCACCCCCGCUGUGGAGGGGAAGCUGGUUGUCCUGCUCAACCAGCUCUGUUCCAUCCUUGCCAAAGAUCCGUCCAUCCUGGAACUCUUCUUCCACACGAGUGAGGACCAAGGGGCGGCCAACUUCCUCAUCUUCUCCCUUCUAAUUCCCUUCAUUCACCGAGAGGGGACCGUGGGUCAGCAGGCCCGGGACGCUUUGCUUUUCAUCAUGUCUCUCUCUGCUGAGAACAGCAUGGUGGCCCGUCACAUCGUCGAAAACACCUACUUUUGUCCUGUGCUCGCAACGGGGCUCAGUGGUCUCUACUCUUCCCUGCCUACGAAGCUGGAAGAGAAAGGCGAGGAGUGGCACUGCCUCCUGAAAGACGACUGGCUCCUCCUCCCCUCCCUCGUACAGUUCAUGAACUCCCUGGAGUUUUGCAACGCCGUCAUACAGGUGGCUCAUCCUUUGAUCCGUAACCAGCUUGUAAAUUAUAUUUACAAUGGGUUCUUGGUACCAGUCUUGGCUCCUGCUCUCCACAAGGUGACUGUGGAGGAGGUCAUGACCACAACUGCCUACUUGGACCUUUUUCUGCGUAGCAUCUCCGAGCCAGCACUACUUGAGAUCUUCCUCCGUUUUAUCCUGUUGCACCAGCACGAGAAUGUUCACAUCCUAGACACUCUCACCAGUCAAAUCAACACCCCAUUUCGGCUCUGUGUGGUGUCCCUGGCAUUAUUUAGGACUCUCAUCGGUUUACACUGUGAGGACGUGAUGUUACAACUAGUUCUGAGGUAUCUGAUCCCUUGCAACCACAUGAUGCUGAGUCAGAGGUGGGCUGUGAAGGAGAGAGACUGCUACUCGGUGUCUGCGGCCAAGCUGCUCGCCCUGACCCCGGUCUGCUGCUCCAGCGGGAUCACCCUGACGCUUGGGAACCAAGAGAGGGAUUAUAUCCUCUGGUCAAAGUGUACGCACGAUAGUUCAGGGCCCCUGGAGCAGCCACUGCCUGAGGCGUCCUCCCCAUCGGCCUGCAUCGUGGAGUACGGCAAAGCCCUGGACAUCAGCUACCUGCAGUACCUCUGGGAGGCCCACGCCAACAUCCUCCACUGCAUGAGGGACUGCAGGGUCUGGUCCGCCCUCUACGACGGAGACUCCCCGGACCCUGACACCUUCCUCCAGAGUCUGACGGAGGAGAGCACCACCAGCCCCGCCUGCCCCGGGCUCAGGCUCAGGCUUCCCCAGCAGCUCCCCAGGGAGACGGGGCCUCAGCUGCCUCCCAGAAAGGACAGGGGCCACACGGAACUGGAGUGGGACGACAGCUAUGACACCGGGAUCUCCUCGGGGGCCGACCUGGAGAAUCCUGGCCUGCCGGCGCCCAUCGAGCCCCCCAAACACAUCCAGGAGAUGAAGAAGAACGCCAUCCUGCGCUUCAAAGGGUCGUACAUCGAGGAGUCCGACUUUCAGGACGAUGUGAUGGUGUACAGGUUGUGUGCGGAGAAGGACGCCGAAGACACCAGAAAGUCAGAGGAGGAGCCUGCGAGGCCCCCGGCCCAGGGCCAGACCGAGGGGCAGAGUCCCCCCACGAACAACGGCCCCCUGCCCAGCCCUCAGCCAGAGACAGACUCUGAGGAGGAGCAUCACAGGGACAACUCAGACGUGGUUCCCAAUGUGUCCGCGGAGCCACCACCAGAGAAGGGGCUCCCGGUGGCCCCGGAAUCAAACUCAGAGGCAGCACCCCCUGUCUCCGAGGCAGAGCACGGUGCGGACCCCAUGGCGGUUGACCCGGAGGGUGAAGAUUUCAUUGCCCAGUACGACCAGAUCAUUAAAGAACUGGACUCUGGCACCCAGGGCUUGAUGGGGCAGAAUUCCUCUUCCCAGGGUUCUGAUCCCUUGCUCCUCCCAGAAGAGCAAGAGGGGAAGGAAGAGAGCAAAGGAGAGCAGGAGGAAGAGGAGGGGAAGAAGGACCUGGAGGAGGAGGAGGAGGAGGAGGAGGAGGAGGAGGAUGACUUUGACUCUCUGAUGGCGGAAGCUCCUGCCGAAGAGACCGUGCCCUCCCCCUUUGGGGUGAGAGAGGAGGCUGACUGUGCCAGUCGCCGUCCCGUGAGGACUCAGAGUGCCCCGUUCACAGGCCCGUUCAUCAGCGUGGUCCUGUCGAAGCUAGAGAACAUGCUGGAGAACUCUUUGCACGUUAAUUUGCUGCUCAUCGGGAUCAUUACGCAGCUGGCCAGCUACCCACAGCCACUCCUGCGCUCCUUUCUGCUCAACACCAACAUGGUCUUCCAGCCAAGCGUCCGCUCUCUCUACCAGGUCCUCGCAUCUGUGAAAAACAAGAUUGAACAAUUUGCUUCUAUGGAGAGAGACUUCCCAGGGCUCCUCAUACAAGCCCAGCAAUACCUGCUCUUCCGAGUGGACAUGUCUGACGUGACAGCUGAGUCGCUAACCAAAGAUCCCACUCAGGAUGCUUCCAGGACAGGAGCUGGCAGGAGCCUUUUGGAUGGUGCCCCGAGAGUGCUCCAGCCCUUCCUGACAAGCAGAGCCGCGGUGGCGGGGGUGCCGCCAAGCCUGCCCCUGCCGGUGAGGAACACCAUGCUGGCCGCGGCCCUCUUCCCCGAGUUCCUGAAGGAACUGGCUGCCUUGGCCCAGGAACACUCCGUUCUCUGCUAUAAGAUCCUGGGGGACUUUGAGGACUCCUAUUGUUAGCUUUUUUUUUUUUUUUUAAAUAGAGGUUCUUGUUUUUUAAGGUUUUAGUGUCUUGACUGAAUGUUAAAUGCAAAGCUGCUUACAAAGAUUUCUACUUUGAUGUUUCCUGACAAUACUUGAUUUGUGGGGAGGGGACCUUCUGGGCACCUCCUCUCUCUCUCGCUGGGCCUUCCCACCCUGCGUCACACAGAAUGUAAGUCGCAUAAGCUGGCUGCUCCGUGGGCGGGUUUUCUUUGCUGUUUUUCCUCCUCAAAUAUUUUGGUUGUUAUUCUCUCAUCCCUUUGAGUCGACUCAUCUUGCAGCGUAGAGCACACCAAGCGAAUAUGGGGGUUCAGUGACUUCUGGAAGUGCCCCUUGUCAGGUCGGCUCUUCAAUGGCACGUGAAGAAAGCACACCUGUUCCUGUUGCCUUCUGCAUUUUGGCUUCCGUUUCAUCAAAGGGAAGAAUAAAAAUGGAGCCUCCAUCACGUAAGCACGUAUCAUCUGUCCCUUUGCAUUUUAUGUCCAAGACUCGCUUUCUGCCCAACAUAGAUUGCUUAUGGUGCAGGCAAAUCCAUUGGUCUCAGCUGUCUGCUGGGAGGCUGAUGCGGUUGGAGAGAAUUUGGGAUGCAGGGAAAUGUUCUUGUUGCUGGAGAGAUUAUUUGGCGUGUCACCUAAACACUAGCCUUAUCUUAGAUUUGCACAAAAUGAAAUACACCUAUGCAAACUGUUUCUUUGGUUUUUUAGGAUUUUGCUCAGAAGAAAGCAUGCUAUCAUGUACUUACAUAAGACAGCCAUCAUUUUUUGAAGUGUUUUAUGAAAACCAGAUUAAUUUGUGGAGCUAUUUCAUAGCAGGGUUUUUUGUGGUUUUUUGAUGUGUGUGUGGGGGGAAUAUGGAGGGAAAAAGAUAAACUAAAUGCAGCCUGUAGAAUCACUGCUAAUCAUUUAAAUUUUGUUUGCUUUUCCUAAUGUGCUGCACUUUGUAGAGAACCAGGAACUGUACACCUGCUUUGGGAAUUGGGAUGCAAAUGCAAACAGGUCGCAGGGAGCCCUGCAAAGCCAAGUGCCUGCCAGUGACUCACUCCAUGCAGAAUCACUGCCUCCUGAAUAAUGGGGUUCACUAGAAGACCCCAGUGUGAUGUGUUAGUGCCUCUGCUGCUUUUCAGCUUGCUCCGAGAGGAGUAAUUAUAAGUAGAGCCACAGUCUCCUUCAACCAUCACCAAGAGUGGGAAACACACAAGAUAAUUGUGGGCUAAAAAUGAGACCCUAAACAACUGGUAUUGAUGGAUUUUCAAUUCUGCUUCUCUCGAUUAGGGGCAGGUGAGAAGCACCUACAAGGAUGAGCCUCCUGUGUGGAGGGACGUCCAAAGCCCCAGGUCUCUCUGUGUCUGUGGUGUGACUGCUGAGCCCCGGUGGGUGGGGAGAGGGGGGGAGGUGAUAGGGGAGGGGGAAGGCGACAGGGUAUUGGGCAGCCACAGGUCUGGUGGCUGUGCCUCAGGAGCCCUGGUUUGGUUUUAAUCAGCCUCUCGGUCAGGAGGGGAGUGGAAGAAGCAACUGUACCUGAGGCCCUGCAGAGCAGCGGCCACCCGUUGUGGUCUAGGGACCUUGAUGCAGCGGUGAACUGAGAGCGGCUUUUAGGGGCCAACCUCGCAGUGUUUCCAAGUCUAAGCAAGAAACCAAAGACACCGAUUCAUUGAACAUUUCCAACUUGAAAUUUGUCUGGCUUGAAAAAUGGUUCACCCAGCUGUGGUACAGCAGUGAGAACCCACGAGGCCCAGCCGACUGGCCUGUAGCGGGCUUCCCGGCGCCUGCUUGCAUUUGCACAACCAAGUCUCCACUGGAAAAGGGAAAGAGAAAGAGAGCAGAAAGAUGGAAUGUAAGCUCUAAGUUAUUAUUCUCUCCCUUUGUUUUGCACAAGUAUUUGUCUUCCAGUUUGGACUUCCUAGGUACGUAAAAUGCUGAAGUCACAUCUGGAAACUAUUCUUUAAGCUUUUAGUCUUGGUUUAUGCUUCUCUCCAUUACCUGGUGGUGGUGUGGGAUCUUAAUAUUUAUUAAAUAAGUACUGAAGUAGACAUACUUUACAGGAGAGAGAGAUGACCAGUGUCCGGAGUGAGAGGCAGGAAAAUAAACUCCAGUGGUUGGGUGCUGGUAGCAAAUUCACAUUCACCUUUCUGUUUGACAUUGGAAACUGGUUCGUGUAUCUGAAUCCACUGCAGAGUAUUUGUCCAGGGUUUUACACCAUUAAUUCAGAAAACUGACCUGGAAAUACAUUCUGGAAAACCAGAAAACCCAUUUGGUUGAGUGGAACAGCCAGGUGGGUUAGUAAGGAUGGUUUAUAGAAAGUGUGGAUGUGCCAGGGGAAAAUCGAAGAGCUGAGGCUGUAAGUAGACCAUACCCUAGGGGGUUGGAGGAAUAAACACUGGUCUGGUAGAUAUGAAGAUACUGUGCCGGAGGUGGGGGAGGCUGGAAACUCCGGGUGGGAAAAGUCCUGGUAAUGAAGUAAAAUAUUCUGGUCACAUAGAAAUAUUUCUGUAAUAAGUUUUGGGGAAAAAUUAAAGAUAUCUCGUGUGCUCUAAAACGUGGCCCAAGAGUAGAGAUACUUUUCCAUGUGGACAGGCUGGCACGUCCAAUGCUGCGCUACUUGCGGGAGACGUGGGCAGAGCCUUGGGGGAAGCCCUGGGGCUGGCGUCACAGUGUCUGGCCUGAUGGCCCAGGCUGGCGAAGGCCAGUCAGGUGUUCCUGGAACAUCAGAACAUUAACCUCCACUCAUAUUUAGGGUCUGGGGUUCAGUUCAGAUGAAGUGAGUUUUGUGGUAUAAAGUAUAUGAGAGCAAGGAGAUAUUUAAAAUUGAUUUUUCAAAACGGCCAAGGAAAUGUUCUUAAAUUUUUAAACAAAGAAAUUUCAAGUUGAGUUUAGCUCAAAUACAAUUUGGGGGGAGGGGGAAAAUGAUAAUUCCUUAGCCAAGAAGUUGUCAGCCAUGAUGCCAGAGUAACCAAUUAGUGGUGGGAUUUUCUUUAUCAAUGGAUUCUUCCUUCUCCUGGUAUUUAGAGGAAUUAUAAAAUUGUCCCCAUUUCUCUUAGUAUUACAGAGUUGGGCAAAAGUAGUUUUAUAUUAUUAUACAAAUAACAAUAAUUAAUAACUGAAGAAUAAACUCUGUUUCAUGCACUCACAACUAUAAACCCACUUUUGCCCACCCUUUACUCUGGAAAAUGCUUUGCUGUUUGGGGGCUGGCACUGUGUCUGUCACCUGGAGAGAGGAUGCGUUCAGUGCGUCCAGGGGCCCACAGGAUGCCUCCUCCAUAGCAAGUGGCUGUCAUUGUGGUAACGUGGUUGUCAGGAGGGCGUCCCAUUAGGAACAGUCUGGAAGCAGGGUAUGCGAGUACUCCGUUGCCUGUCCCAUCUGGCAGCCCCUGGUGCCCGACUGCGCCUGGUUUCAGAGGUCUCUGCAUCAGAUCAGCUUGGUUGCAGUGGUGUGUGGGCUGGUUUCCAGACCCGUGUGGGGUUUGCAAUGCAUUCUGAACCGGACCAGUGUGUCUAAGUUGCUUUCAUGAGGGAAGGGCUACCCCGACCAGGGUGAGGCAUGUCACUGGUGUGAUGUUAAAUGUCCACAGCAUCCCCUGCAGUUCUCAUUUGAGGGCAGUUCAAAGUAAUUGCUAACUGCCUGCCCUGUGUUUACUGAACUGGCAGGCAUGCUUGCGAUGUUUAUGAAACAGCUUAGCGUCGGAAGGCUACUACUGAAUGUGCCCCUUCCAGUCCUCGGCCCAGGCCAGUGUAAUUCGUGGCUUUGCAGUACUGGCUCUUCCUGGCAACAGCGGUCCUCUGGUUGCUGAUGCCACAUCAGCUUUAAGUGCUAAGUAGAUAUUCUCAGGCCCCUUCCUGCUGCUGCCAUCAUUCUAUAAAUCACACAACACCAAUUCCCCACCAAAUAAUAGCUUAAAACAGAACACUGUCAAGCCAGUUUACACUCCAUCCUUAAACCACAUCAUUGAGGAAAUAUUUAAAGAGAAUGGAGUCGACUUUUUGUUUUUUUGUUUGAAUGACCAUCAUAAACCUAAUGCUUUUUAAAGACAGAGUGCCUGGAAGACGAAGCGCUGUUUUCAGGAUAAUUUUGCCUCAGUAAAUCCUCUCCACGUCCCAGCAUUUAUUGGGCCAUUACUUGUUCUGAGGACUGAUUACCCAGGCAGCUCAUUAACUGGAUAAACGGGCUUGAGUGAGUGAGUUUCGGUGAAGUCCUGUAGGGAGCACAGGCACGUGGUGGGAGGAAGCCUUCAGUUCUGCAGCUUCUGCUCUUGGGAUCUGAAAUGAAGAAUGAUUUUAGGCAGGACUGACCCUUCCUGUCAUGUUGGGCCAUUGUGAGUUUUGUUCCUGUUUUACAUGUGAGCUGACCUAACUCGCUGUCACUCACAAGUAGCAAGGCUGCUCGUAGGUUCUGCCAGCACGAGUUCAGUAUGUCCUUUAGGCACCUCAGGGGGCACUUAGGUUUCCUAUGUCACGGCAGAGCCUGACAAGAGUGAUGGAAGCUCUUAGGCCAGAUUAUAAAUUUCGUGGAGCUGAGACUGCAGAAGUCUGUGCUGCUUAGCGUAUCAGCUGACUUUUCACUGGCAUAAGUCUGCACAAGGCCCACCUAUAACUAGCCCCUUUUUGCCCUGGAGACAUUUUAAAAGAGGGAAUUUGGUACUGACAAUGUUACUUAAUUGAUUUCUGCUAAGUUGUUUGACGAAGGCAGGCAGUGAGAUUGGAUUUCAGUCAGAUGCGUUGCAUCUCACAAUCGGGGGUCAGCUCUCUUCUUAUACAAUCCCUGGGUGCAUUUGUCUCCAAUCUGCUGAAGAAGCAUGGCGGCCGUUUCCACGCGGCUUCUGUAAUGAGUAAGUAACAUGGCCUUUCAGAGAGAUUUAGUGUUCUUUUCCAAAAUAGUCACCAUGCAGAAUCCUUGAAUGAUGCAGCUAAAUGCAACAGAAGUGAAAAACAGAACAAACUGUGGGUGGUGGCCAUAAGCUGUACAUUGAAUUAACCAGCUAACUCAAAGCCCCAGGAGGAUGUGUUACUUUCAAAAAUUUCAUGGCCUUCUUACAACCUCCUUAUUGUAAAGCUUAGCGAUAAUUACAAAAAAGAUGGGCAGUGUGUGAAGCUCAGGUAACACAUCCUUAACUUGGCAUAAAUAAUGAUCAACAUGCUUUUUCCUGGGCUACCUGCACCUUGACAGGUAGGAACGGUUCACCUUGAUGCACAGGCCUGCAGACAGGAAGCUCCUUCCUAAACGAAGAGGUCCAACAAAGUGGGCACCAACCUCUCAUACAAAGGGGCCCCACAACAAAUUUAUUUCAUUUUAUAAAUUAGUGAACUUUUACUAAGUGCUUAUUCUGUGCCAGGAAGCACGGUGAGUCCUGAGGCUGACGUUCCUCCCCUCCCACCAUAGCCAACCAAGCAACACAGCACACAGCCUGCGCCUGGCCAGGCUGACCUGGGGGACAGCCUGUUUUCCAGCACAUUCCCCUCCCAGCUUACAGGUGUGCGAAUUCCAAUGACAGAUGGCAAUGGCUUCACCUAUGGUGCCACAGGUGAAGACACUGCCAUCUGUCAUUGGAAUCCGCCAACUUACACAUUUUAAUGAGACUUGCCCCUAAAUAGCAAACGAACAGACUAAAUCAUGCCUUUGCAAAGAAGUACUGUCCUUAACAUUAUAUCCUCUGAGGCCUAUUAGGAGCAGGGCCAGCCUUCGAGGAUUUCUUAGGGGACUAUGUGAACAUAUCUCCCAAGUAUCUAGUCAGGUUCCAAGUAAGAUAUCUGAGCUGUGGUUGCAUUUUUCUUUUUUUCAUAAGCAGUUAUAACCACAUAACAGUCUGAUUUUUAGGAUUUCAGUACCGCAGCAACCAUCAGAGUUGGACCACAGUCAGCUUGGCGAAGCUCGAGUGAGUUGAUGACGGCAUGGUUCUCUGGGAAUGGCCAGUCCGUAAUACAGCGUACACUUGACGUAACAGUUUAAGCCAGCCCUUGAUUUCCAAUGCUUUGAAGAGCUCCUCUAGUGCAUUCUAUAAAGUCUGAUGACUAAGAAGCCAGACCUUUGCAAAAUAAUGAUCCUGCCAGAUUCCAACAUCACACUGCCCUUGCCUGUUUGUAAUUAAUUCCAAGACUUGUGGGGUAAGAGAGAAUGGACUUGCCUUUCUCUCUUGAAAAAGGUUCAGUGGUAAUAUUUUACUUUUAGGCCCAGUGGUUGUCAGUAUUGGGACAGAAUGUGGGGCACAUGGCUUCCUGGGUGGUGUAACAUACUCUAAUUCUAAAUCAGCCAGAGGGACGCUUCUCUCAUUACCUAGUUAGGAAGUCCUGAGUCUGUGACACUCACUGCUAAACUGGUGAUGGGGGAAGGUCCACUUUUCUCCAGUCGCCACUGGAGCACCAUUCAUGCUGGAAAUGUUUAUACUUUUCUUCGUAGGCUAAAGAAUUCAGUGUAAAAGUAGGGCUUCCAAAAUGUUCCCUCUCAUAUUUAUGUCACAAUUUGACAUGUGCUUUUAAAAACCACCACUUACAAAACUGGUCUUUAAGCAUUGUGAGUCAGAGGUAAAAAGGCAAUAAAAUGGAUAAAGGGGCAUCCCAGUGCGAUGGACAGAAAUAGUAUUACUGUCAUGAGAACAGCGGCAAAGGCACCCGGCUUCACGGAGAUGCUGUUAACGGCACCACAAUUACCAUUAAAGGUCAAAAUUUUGAUUUGUCAGUUUAUAAUCUUAUUCUUUCCAGGCAAAACAGAUCAAUUUAAUGUUACAACUUAUUAUUUCUCUUUUUAUCUCUUUUGGCCUGAGGGGGCAGGGGAAUUGUCAACUGCACAAUCUUUAAAGUGUAUGUUAAUUUUUAAUGUGAUAUUUCAGUACAUAUUUUAUUCAUUAAAUUUAUUUGAAAA